AUGAAUAGGAUGUUGUUCUUCUGGACUUCUUUCGUGACUUUGGCCCUCUGGGGUGCCAUGAAACCCCUGCCAGAUACUCGUCCCCAGCAGGCCCUCGCGAAUAGAAUCAAAGAUGCCUUCGCGACGACGUUCGUUGCCCAGUCGAUCAGCGACUUGGUGGAUCUUUCUCCCUCUCCCAGGGAACUCUAUGUCGCUUGGGCUGGCUGCAGCAUCCCCGGUACAUGUGACGUCGGACACCCCAUCGAGACGGGUCUGACGUUGUACUGCCGGCUGGAAGAUGUGCACCCGUCCUGCAAGCCUUCGGACAAGCCCUCAGGAUGGGACGACACGGAGCCCCGGCGUUACGCGCGUGGGACUCUGCCGAACCUGAGGUCUUCGCACGUUGGCUUGUUUGCGGUGUGCGCUUAUUUGGGCUCCGAGUAUCGUCGGAUUCGGAAGCGUCUCUCCGAUCUUACGAUCGUCUCUGUCUUUGCUUCUCUGGACUUCAUGGACCGUCAUGUGAAGUGCUUCGGCGCUUCAGCUGCUCACGUGUGGGAACAAUCUCCGCAGACCAUCGAGGGAGCCGACAAGCGAUUCGGUCAGAUCGAUUAUUUGGUCAACCCCCCGCGCCCCUCGUGGUGGUCUCGGGAACUGUUCCCUAACGACCCUACGUUUUUCGCGAGCAGCAAGCAUGACCCGGAGCCAGAGGGCACAGAGUGUGCCAAUGCUUCUCUCACGACUCCCGCGGAAGGUGCCGACGAUUCUGUCAGGAACCCCGCGAAGUCAGCAAAGGGCACAGAGGGCGCCGACGAUCUUCCGACCACUCCCGCCAAGGGCAAGAAGGUUGCCAAGGGCAAAAAGGCUGUCAAGGAUUCCCCGAAGGCCCCCGAGGAGGGCUCGAAAAGCAAGAAUCGGCCCAGCCAGAAGAAGCGCCGGAGUCUUGCUAAGAAGCAGCGGGAGCGGGCUGAGGCCGAGAAGGCUGGCAACCAGGGGUCCUCUGGAACGGCCACGGACUCUCCUCCUGAGGCUGGACCGUCUUCCACCCACCGGACCGGGCAGCGACCCGAACUGGAGCCGGUGGAGGAGACGGCCGUCGCAGAGGACGAGGCUGGGGACGCCGAGGGCUCGCAAGGUGGCCGGAACAAUGGGCCCAGCCAGAAAACGCGCCGCCGCCUUGCAAAGCAGUCUCUUGCUUCGCUGAAUGAGCUGCCGCGAUUCGAGCCCGAAGACCUCUUGGACGGGCCUUCUGGAACAGCUACGGACUCGCCCCCUGAGGCUGGUCCGUCUUCUCUCCACCUGACCGGGCAGCGACCCGACGUUCAGCAGGUGGAUUCGCAGGAGACGGCCACCGCAGACGGCGGCGAGGGCGCGGAUAAGGAACCCCCGGGUCAGCGGAAGAACCGGCCUAGCCAGAAAGCGCGCAGGCGCAGUGCUAAGCGGAAGACCGAAGACCUGGGCGUGGAAAUCCAAACCGUGCCUGAUGAUCCAAGCCAGGGGCCUUCUUGA